AUGUCUAGUGUUGCUGUUGUUCCUAAGUCUAGCCUGGCAUUCUUGAAAAAGGACAAACCCUUAAAGGCAAAGCAGAAUAGCAAGCAAAAAGAAGAUCUUGCAAUUAAAGAGAAGAGGAACAUAAGAGGCGAGGAUAGCGAAGCAUCUGACACAGAGCUACGCAUUAAAUCCAAAGGAAAAGGGAAAGCCAGAGCAAAAGCGGGAGAGGGCGUUGAAGAAGUGGACAGCGACGCACUGCCCGCGGAGGAAGAAAGUGAUGCAGCGGUGAGCGAGAGUGAAUUGUCUUCUCACAUCGAAUCUGAAAGCGAUGAGGGCGCCGAUGAAGAAAGCAGAAGCGCAAGGAGAGAGAAAAAGGCUGAAGAAAAACAUGCCCGCAGGAAAGCACGAGGGAAGGAGUAUAAUGACCAGAGAGAUGCCGCAGACAAGAGAGAAGCGGCUAUCACAGCCAACGAAGGCUUUUCGAAUUAUAUGAGCCAACGAAUGAAGCGAACAGCGCCUGAGAAACGUCCUGUAACAGUUGAGAAAGAAUGGCGAGGCCUGUAUCCUUUGCUCAAAUUCCUGUGGGUCCCGGGCGGAAAGGCCACACUGUCAGAAACCCGGUUCGAGAUUUUUAAGCGUGCAAACGAAAACAUCGAGCGAUACUGUAACCAGAUCGUAAAUGUUGACGUAGAACACAACACUAGAGCUACUGCGCUUUAUCUAGUAAGGCUAGAGAAACUCGAGAAAGAGCUUGCUGGCCAGUCAGAAAGUACAAAGGUGCUUCGUAGAAAACGGCUGCAAACUAGUUGUGCUAAGGAGGCAGGGCAGCCAACAAAAGCAGAACUACUCAAGAAGUGGAAGUUUCCAACUGAGGAGCUAACAGGGCAAAUCUACUCCAUAGAGAAAGCACUAGCGGAACUCGACCUCCUGCCUUCUGAAGCAGCGUACAAUAAGAAGAUUGCAGAGUUUAAUCAGCAGCUCGCGGUGUCUUCUAGUUCCAGGAAAGCUGCCAAGAAAACUGCUAAGAAGAAUGCUAUUUUGGUAGACAAGAAGGCUGAACUUGAGAAGCAACUGGCAUCCCGGAAGAACAAGAAGAUGAAACUUUUCCAAACAGCCUUGAUAUUUCUCGACAACCUACAAGAGAAGGGGAUCCCACCAACCCAAGUUUUGAGCAAUCGCGCAGAGACUGUGUUCCAUGAUCUUGUUUCAAGUUCUCGCGAGAACCUGCAGCUUUACAACGCACUAAAAGAGGAAAUGGAGAGGCCAACGCUUGAGCAGCUUGACGAAUGGAACACAGCCAUUGAACCAAUGUGCAACUUUGUUUCCCGCAUGGAGAGAGAUGAUAUGGUAACAGAACAGUCUAUUGCAGAGGCGGGAGUCUUCUUCAGGGAUCUGGAUAAGAUCAAUCAGUCCAUCGCGGUUCUGGGAGAGAACGAUAACUCCUUGCCUAUGUCCAUACUGAAAGAAAUAUUUGAAAAGUAUCAGGACGGACAUCAACGGCAAGUGAAGGUCAGCAUCGCAAGGCUUAUGGACGAACUUCGUCGGCAAGAGGCAGCGGUAGGUGUAGUGCGCGCUAUAGAGCUCGGAGAGAUGCCAGCCCAUCAUCGUGUUCAACCAGAGAUUGAACCUCCAUCCAGUCCAGCCACGGCAAAUCCAAUUGCUAAGUCUACAGUAACUCCACCUACUGGAGCUACAGCAGUCGUUGCAAAUUCUAUUACUGGAACCUCACACAUUACCGGUACCAACUUGUCAGAAGAUGUGCUCCGGAAUCUUGACAUCACUUCGAUGACGUUAGGACCAAGUGUAACUGAGAUGUUUCAGUAUGAAGACGGCAUGACAGAGCAUGGGCCUCUAAUAGCAACGAGAGUAGGCAUAACAGAUAAUGCAAGGCUCAACCGUUACUUUGUCAACGCUGGCUUGGAUGCGCCAGACAUGGAGUACCUCAAAGUCCUGAAAGGAAGCGAUCUGGGACCAGGUGGCGCAGAGCAGCUGGCUGACCAGAAAGUGGUUAACUUUGACAUCAAGCAACGAAAGAAAGAUAUUAAAGGAGAUCACCCAAUCCGGAGCAUCGGCCCAGUCGUGGUGAUGCCUCGAGCAGAGGGCUACGUGCGCCGCGGAGUGAAAGAACGUCGUCAAGAUGCUUACAUCAAGGUGGUUUACAAGGAUGUACCUGAACCAGACAUGCUUUCCAGAACUGAGUUCACGCAACUCGUUGGGCAACGAUUUGGGGAAAAGCAAUUCUCAAAUCUAAUUGGGAUUUACGAGAAGAGGCAGCUGUACUUUGAGGCGUGCAAAGUCCAGAAAUUGCAUCCCAAGACUAAGCAGCCUCUAACGUCAGAUGAUCUUCAGCAAACACCCUGGCUCUUUCCGGAGAAUGAGCGAAAUAACUCCAACGUAGGCAAUAGUAGCAACAGUAUGGAUGCCGAAGAUAGCGAAGACGAUGAAGAUCCUCUUCAGGGCGUUGAAAUUGUUACAGGUGCUCUUCCUGCUGACAUGACAGAUCCAUUUAAGAAGCCUCGAGCGCAUCUUGUGGGGUCAUCACGGGCGUCUUCUUCUAGUCAACUGUAG